CUGUUUGUUGCAAGUUUCACAUAGCAAGAAGACAGGGAGAGGGAGCGUGAACGAGAAAGGAGCCGGGGCAGAGCGUGCGCUGGAGGGCAAGGAGGAAGGGCGAGCGGAGAGUGUGUGGCGGAGCGAUGCCGCCGAGAAGCUGCAGGCUAUGGACACGCGAGGGAGAGUGCUGAUGGCAUGCUAGACCACGAUCAUGAGCGGAGCCCCGGGCCUCUGCUGGGAGAGGUUUCUCAUCUCUUCCUAAGUUCUUAUUGCAUCGGGUGUCUCUUGCCCCUUGCAGAACAGAAGCCCUGCUUGCUGCUGCUCACCUUGCCUACAUCUGCAGCCUGCAAAGCAAAUUAAGGCAUUUGCUGUCUAAAAACAACUAGGUGUUUUAAGAAGAAGAAAGAAAAUAAAAAGAGUGUGUGCGUGGUAUAUAACAACAACAUCAAACCUAACCAGGCUGCGGUAGGAAGAAAAGGGUCGCAAGAUCAAAUUUCUCUGUAGAUCUGCUGUCUGCAGAGUUCAGCUACAAGUUGGGUGUACCUGGAGUUGUUGAAUGCAAGCUAGGCUGAGCUCCUCCAAGCGUGGCGACGACGACGACAGCAGCAGCUCUAGAUGUGCGUGGGUACUUAACGCUUUCCUGUCUCUCUGGAUUUGUACCAUGCUCAAGAUCCUUACGAAGAAGCUUAGGAAUCAGAGUUUGAAUGAGAUACAGCCCUUCCAGUUAAAGAUUUCCUAUCCCCCAAGUGAUGAGGAAGACAGUGAUGACUCUGAGGGAGAGAACCAGGAACUUGCUCAGAUUGACAAAGAGAGAAGACGGAAUUGCACCUUAAUGCCCCUGGCAACCAAUCAGCUGCAGAACCAAGAAAACCAGUGCUGUAAAGCACGAGCCCAUUUUCCUCCUGGGCUGGACCACCAUAGCUCUGAAGAGGAGCUGGAACACAUUAGCUGUGAAUUUGCCGCUGAGAAACGGAAGUGGUCGCAGGUCAACAGGCUCUCCUGCUGUGGCGACGGCUACAACACCUCCUCCAGCGACGAGGAAGUGAAGAACUUGUGUGGCAUGUCCUUCCAGCCUGUGGUUGACGUGACGGAUGGCUUGCACGCCACCCCUAGCCCUGUGCUUUUCAGUGCCUCUCCUCCCAAGAGACUCCAGCCCUUGGUACGGACCCCAACGUCCCGGCCUCUAAUCUUCACAAGCGUCGGAGCCAGCUUUGAGCAAGCAAUGCCGUGUAAACGGCACCGGCAGGGCUAUGGAGACAAGGUUGGUAGGCCCAGCCUUGACCUGGAAAAAAUGCAGCAGAAGAUGCUGUUUAAAAAGAAUUGUGGCACAAAGACUAGAAUCAUCAAAAUUCGUCAUAUCAAUGGAAGCCGACCAGCACCUCACUUCGUGUAUGACUCGUCAACCUUUGCCUUCCAGUCCCUGAGCACCUUGAAGCCUCUGAGCCCAAUAGCUCCGGUUGAAGAACCCUCAUGUGCCUACUGAAGGAGAUAAUCAAAACUCUCAGGAAUAAUCAUACCAACCAAUUUCCCAGCAGGAACUGGGUGUGGGAGGGCAUGUAUUGGAAAUAGCCUCCGAGAUCUUUGGUCGCAGGAGAUGGGUGACUUUUCUCUUGCUUGUUUUUCAUGCCAUCAUAACGUCUGAAGAUUGGUAGAAAGGGAAUGUAUGUGCGUUGAGCAAGCUCAGCUCAUAAGCCAUAGUGCAAUUAUCAAGAUGGUAUCUGAUAACACAAAGCUGGUUUCUUAGGGGGAAAAAGGUGGGUAUAUUUCCCUAGUGAAUGAGCAGCUACCUGUGUGGUGGAAUGUGAGGAAUAAGUGGGUUUCUAUUCUUUCCCUCUAUCUAGUGGAGUUGUUCUCUCUACACAAGUGUAUCCCGGAGGACUAGUUCCUUGCCAAGAAGUGGAAGAUCUCUGGUCUCAUCAUGACUGUAAAGGUCAAGAUAGAUCUGGCUUUAGCUGCCCAUAGAGGGUGAACCUAAUCUUUGUGUAACCAUAUUACAAGGCUAAACCAAGAAGCACACUGAGGUUGUGCAACUUCAGGGUUACCUUGAGACAUGGUACAAAUGCACCAAUCUAGAGUAUGCCCCAAAGGAUUCUCCCUUAUGAAGGUUCAACUAAUGUCACAUGUUUUUGUCCUGUGCGUUCUGGAAUAUGCCAUGGAGCCUCAGGGUAUGCUGUGUCUGGGCAGAUGUUAGCUAGAAGGUACGCAGGAGAGAACUUGUGGAGGGAGGGAAGAGACACAGUUUCCUCUCACUUUGACUCCCUUCACACACACCUUAUUUUGAGCCACAUGAGCAUCACUUCUUUGUGUUGGUAUCCCCAUGGGCUGUGGAAUAUGUAUAAAAACCGCAAGGUCAGAUUCCAAACCAUGUGUUUAGCACCACCCGUGUGAUCACACUAUUCAUACCCUGCAGCUACAUGGGAUAGUAUGGGAUAGUAUUGCAGGAGGUAGAAUUAUGUGUGGCUGGGUUGCCUUCGAUUUAUAUGUAACCACACUAGUUUAAGUGGAUGUUAUACCACAAGCACUGGGAGCAAAUGUUAGCUCUCAUCCUGAGAUGUAUAAUUGACUCUUUUGCAGGUAUGAGUGACAGAGAAGGGGAAAGAUGAAACAUGUUAUAGUAAUAGCAUCUUUAUGGUGGCAGGAAUAGUGAUUUAACACGGCUGCAGCGUCCUCUGUUCCACACUGAAUCUUUUCUUCUUGUUUGUCUACACUGACAUAAGAGAGAGAGAGAGAGAGAGAUUAUUUCUCCUGUUAAAUGGCCCAGAUUCUACAGCAGGGGCAGGGAGUUUGUGGCCCUCCAGAUAUUGUUGGACUCCAACUGCAAUCAGCCCCAGCAAGUGUGGCCAAUGGUCAGAGACUAUGGGAGUUGUAGUCCACCAAAAUAUGCAGGGCCACAGAUUCACCACUUCUGUUUAAAGGGUCCCCUGCAAGCCCAAUGAAAUCUAUAGUGUCUAUUGAGCCUUAAGAAAUUAACAGUAUGGUACACUGUUCUCUCUAUGUAUACUCAAUGUCUGCCUUAUCUAUGUACUAAUAAUACGGCAUACAAUUGAGUGAGCACUUCUGAUACGUAAUCUCCAUUUUUAAUUUUUUUAAACAUAUAUAUAUAAAAAAAACUUCAGAAAACAUGCAUCUGCCAUAGUUUGGACAACUACUCUGAUGCCAUCCAUAAUUAGAAAUUUAGAUCUUAAUCUCGUCAGUAGAUUUCCAUGUAGAAAAAGCCAACCUCAGUUAUGUCGCCACUGGAAUGCUGAAUCCUGAAGCUUUCUAAGCUGAGUAUGAGUUGAAUCAGCUGCUUUUACAUAGUCUCCCAUGUAAAGAUACUGGCCACAUAAGAGGCAGUGGCCAGAAUGUCUGGGAUAAAGGAACCCAUGCUUUGUAUUUUUACUACUCCAUUCCAUGCAAGAAGAAUUCAGGGAUGUGCACAACCUUCUUUUCACCAGCAUUAAUGAAAUAAAAAGCAGAAUUCUUUUUUGUCCACUGGGUUGUUCUGAUAAGAACAAAAUGAAUGAUGAAUGAACGAAGGCAGAUCUUUUUUUGAAAUAUUUCUGUUGUUCCUCCAGUUAAAGGCACGGAAAUUUGUUUCCCUGUCUUUUAAACCUAAAUAUUAUUCUUGCAGGCCUUAUUGUCAACAGUACAUGAUGGGAUCUGUAUUUCUUACGGGCUUAGCCUCCCUAUGACAAGGGCAAAUGUACUCUAGUUUGCUGUUUCUGCGAAUUGAGUUCAGCCCACAAAUAGCCAGUGUGUAUCAUGGCCAGGAAAGGUUUGGGGUUGUUCUCCUCAUGCCUAGAGCCAUCAGCUUGUCCCACAGACACAGUAGAAUCCUUUUUUUUCUUUCUAAACAGAAUGACUUUUUGUGAUUGGCCUAGAGAAGCCGUCCCAUAUGAUGCUCCAAGAUGAAGGAAUGGAAGGGAGACGACCUCUGUUAAUCUUGCCUUUCUUUAGUACUUUUGUAACAUUUCUCUCUGUGGUUUUUCAAUCAGAACAAUAAAGUUACAUUUUAACUGCUGCUAUA